UCUGAAUCAGCGAAUCCUCGUAAAUCAUGUGAGAUGAUAAUAGCAAGAUCAUAAUCAGUCGUUGUAACAGUAUGCGAUCAGAGAUUAUAAUUAAAUAGUCAUUCUAAGAUGUGCUAUUAAGAUCGAAUUAACAGCGUUUUCACGAUUAAUGGAGUCUAUAGAUUAAUAUUUCAAGGCGAUUAUAGGUCAUAAGUUCUAUUUUUAUACUAACGAUUAUCUUUAGGGAUAUCGAAUAGUUCCAUGAAACAUGCGUAAAAUAUAUUAAGAAAUGAUAUAAGAAGAUUAUUAUCUUCUUACAAGAUACAAGAACGUUGAUUCUUUAUGGAAACAACACGUGCUUUUAUUCUUUAAUUAAUAGAAUAGGGGAAGGAGGGCAGGCAAAGAGAAUGAUUGAAAAAUAAUAGAAUAUAAGCAAAAAAUUACAAAGAUUAUUUGUUUUUAUUUAUUUAUUAUAAUAAUUGAAAUUAACAGAAGAGAUAAAGUAAUUCAUAACUAGAACUGUAAACAUUUCAUCUUCGUUAUAUUGGGAAUAUCGUCGGGAGGGUAGAUGAAACUCGUUGCAACUCAAAGGUUAAAGGGCACUUGUAUUCUCCGCGGGCACGUGAUUCUCCCAACUAUGGAUCAGUUAACCGCGUAUGCACAAGGUAAUACUGAUCACAAGCAUUCCUCAUCGCGAUGCCAUCUAAUGUUUCUUCAUAUCGGUUUGCAUUCGUCGUGUUUCACGAACGAAUCUAUCGCCGCCGGUGUGAUCGGCAGAUGAGAUCUCUCGGAUACUCUCUCCUUCGCGAGACCGAGUUUCCUCUUUUCCUCUCAUCCCCCGGUGAGACCAUCGUACGCGUUACGGGCAUAGUGCCCGAUAGCUACUCUCAAGCCGUGCCGUCCUUAUUGAUUUCGUGUAGGCGCACGCGCCAUCCCGUUCCCGAUUUGCGACAAGGGGGGUGCGGCUGUAACCAUGGAUCCCAGUGUACUCGCCACCAUGGACAAGGACGCACUGAAGAAGCAGAUCGAGAACAUGAAGUAUCAGGCGUCCAUGGAACGGUGGCCCCUGUCGAAAAGCAUCGCGGCGAUGCGGGAGUACGUGGAAGAGAACGAAAAGAAUGACCCACUGAUACACGCGCCCGACAAGAAGAACAAUCCCUGGGCCGAGAAAGGCAAGUGCAUAAUAAUGUAAUCGGGGCCAGAGCGGAGGAAGGGCAACAGAAGAAGAAGGAAGCGUGCAUACAAACCGAGGAGGAGAGGAAUCGGUCGUUCAUCCGCGGCAAAAGGGAUCUCAGCCAGAGAUCACGAAGGGGAGGGCAAGGAGGAGUAGGAAGAGAGGCACACGGGAGGAAGAGGAAGAGAUGCCGGUAGACGUCCGCUGCGAUUCGGUCGCGAUUCGCGAGUCUCUGGUGAUCCACCCGAUCGUCGAAGCGACCGUCCACCGGCCCCGUCGAAAUAAAAAUGCAGCUAUGACCAAAGAUCCCGCAGUCGAUCGAAGAUCAGACUGGAGAAAAUCGUUUGCCGGACCGUUCCGUUCCUCCGGGACUGUUCUACGAUCGCGCGGCGUGCGGCCUCGCUGGCCAAUUUCCGAUUCGUGUCGUUUCAUGAGGUACCCCUCAUUAAUCGUGCCAUUCGAGACAUAAUCAUUAUUUGUAAAGAUAUCCCGAGGUAACUCGAAGCCUGCGUAUCGAUCAACCUGUUUGUCACAAGCAAAAGCGAGAUAUAAAAACAAGCAAAAGAUAGACAAAAAAGAAAAAAAAAACGAAAACGAUAUUGUGUAAACGAUCUUAUGAAGCAAUCCAUGUGUUGUUAACAAUUUGCGCCGAUCUUAAAUGUUUUGCAUUCGCAAAAAAUAUCAAGGAAGAGCCGAGAUGGCAAGUAAGAAGAAAGAGAAGAAAAAAUCGGAAAAUCUAUCGGAUGAACUACUUCCGCCUGUAUCGAUCGACGUCGAAUCAAUCGCCGCAUGCCGCGCGACGUCGUCGCCCUGCACAUCUCACUCGCCGAUGCACUUGCCGUGUAAAACUCUUUUCAUUCACCGAUCAACCCAUGAAUGCAAUUUAUUCAUAACGUUACGUGUAUACAUAAAUAUAUAUAUAUAUAUUCAUAUUGUACGAACAAACAGUUAUUACUGUAAUUAAUAAUUAUAAUUACUCUUGUAUGUAUCUCUGCGCGAAUUUCUUACGAAAAUAUAUAACAUGACCAGCGACUGAAAUUAAAACCCUAUUUUCUGCAUUCGUCUCAGGGAAAAUGCAUGAACGCGGCAAAACGUAAAUUCUCACAUAAAUUGUCGAAUUUUCAAUUUAAUCAUCCAAAGACUAAAACACGACUAAUCGCGGAUUAAUCGCUACCGCGGCAUUCGGUUCUCUCUUUCUUUUUUUUCUUCUCUGUUGUUAUCGUCUGACUAGUUGCUAGCCGUUUCUACUGACAUGAUACGCUCGCGAGAUUCUGGAAUCGCUACACUCUCUACUUUAAUUUCUAAUUAACCUGCUUAUUAAGAUGCGAUGAGAUAUGCUAUUGAUAUUUAUGAUCCGCGCAUGAGAUUCUGCAAUUGCUAAAAAUUUUCCGCGUUUUUAAUUUCUUAUUAACUUACAUAUAACUUAUUAAUACAUGACGAAGUGUUCUAUCGUAUACUGCUAUUUUUAUAUUUGAAUCAGUGAAAUGUAAACCGUGUGAAUAUACGUUUUUGUUUAACAAUAAAUUAACGAUAAAUUAUUGUUAAUAAAAAAACGAUAUGUCAAUACUUCAAUUUGCCAAAGGCGUUACCAACUUGUGAGACAACUUGUAUAGAGAACGUAUGUAUUAAUAUUUAUAGAAAUCUUGAAAUUCAUUAAGAUAAUUCUUAUGUAUGUGGAAGAUAAAAUGUGAUGGCGUAAUAUUGCGAAAAUAAAGUUGGAACGAAAAUAUAAACUAGUAAA